GCCUGUUUAAUAAAAUAGAGGAAUAAGAGAAUAUUCCUCCGUAGAUGCUCCGACUCUCUCCUAUAAAAGGAGGGCUCCCCCUCAAUGUUAAAGGAGGCCUCUUUCCUCUCUCCCCUGCCCACAUUUCUUUCUCUCUCUAGAGAACUUGUAAUUUAUUUCUCAUGCAAGCCUUCAAGCUUGCAUUAAUGGCUUCCAAGCCAAAUUCAUGUAUCGUGUACAACCCCCAAUAUAAAUAAAAAUCCCCCGUUGGCAAGGUACUGCCAAAAAAGGCCCGUGGUUUUCUCUCAAUUUGGGUUUCCACGGGUACCUAGCAGCAAUUUUUUGUAAUAAAAACAUGUGCCUCUCCUAUCCAAAAUUCCAAAUGUGUGGUGGAUGUAAGGGGCUAAAUUACCUUAUCCAAAUCUCUAAUCUCCGCUUCUUCUCCGGCCAUCUUUCUUCAGAAUUAGCAGCUCCGAUCUCAUUCUCAAAAAGAAAUCCCUGCAAAAGCACAUGGCCACUUCAUCACUUUCACCCAUCACUCAUUCUCGGAUAUGGUCGACCCAGAACCGCGCUUUAUCUGCCUCCCAAGCAGUGACGGCGAGAUCCGGCAAGUUCGGCGGCCGGAGGAAGAAGGGGUUGAGAGUCACGGCCAUGGCCACCAGUAUUCCGGCGAGCGAUAGAGUGCCGGAUAUGGGUAAGAGGAAAUUCAUGAACUUGCUUCUUUUAGGUGCCGUUUCCCUCCCUACUGCUGCGAUGGUUGUACCUUAUGCUCUCUUCUUUGUACCUCCCAGGUCAGGAGGCGGAGGCGGUGGCACCCUUGCAAAGGAUGCUGCUGGGAAUGACGUUGUUGCUUCUGUGUGGCUAAAGAACCAUGGGCCUGGGAAUCGAACCCUCACUCAAGGGUUGAAGGGAGACCCGACUUACCUUGUCGUGGAGGACGACGGGAGUUUAGCAACAUAUGGCAUCAAUGCAGUGUGCACACACCUUGGCUGUGUGGUGCCAUGGAAUGCAGCUGAGAACAAAUUCAUGUGUCCCUGCCAUGGCUCUCAAUACAACAACCAAGGGAAAGUCGUUAGAGGACCCGCUCCUUUGUCGUUGGCCUUGGCUCAUGCAAACAUCGAUGCUGAUGAUAAGGUUGUGUUUGUUCCCUGGGUUGACACUGAUUUCAGGACGGGCGAAGCCCCGUGGUGGGGGGCAUAAACGUCUUUUCUCCCAACAAAUUGCUCUCUUGUAGUAAUUGUCAUUGCUCUUUGGAGCAAGCCAUCUUCAAAGUUAAUGCCACACUUGUACUAUUUAUAGUAGUAUAUAUAGUAUGAUGAUCAAUGUGCUAUUGUAUAAUUCUUUAUGAGCAAGGUUUUAAAAAAGGGCAUGGCUUUUG